UAUUUCUAGUAUCUUUGGUGCAGAGGAAAAGGAAAGGAACACCGAGAGGGAGCUGAAUGUCCAACAAAUUCCAGCAUUCGGGAUCAACUACCCGUAAAAUAAACUCAGAUUGAUGUUCGAAUACCAAGAAUUUAUUUGUCUGUAUAAUAGUGGAAUCGUGUCCUGUCAAGAGGACAAAGAAUGAGUUUUCUUUUUAGUACAAGGUCAAAAACAUUCCGACCCAAGAAGAAUAUUCCAGAAGGAACACACCAGUAUGAUUUGAUGAAACAUGCUGAACGGACACUUGGAAGUGGAAAUCUACGUCAAGCUGUUGCCCUACCCGAAGGAGAGGAACUCAAUGAAUGGGUUGCCGUCAAUACUGUGGACUUCUUCAAUCAAAUCAACAUGUUAUAUGGGACGAUAACAGAGUUUUGCACACCAGAAAAAUGUCCUAUUAUGUCUGCAGGGCCAAAAGGCAGAGCUGCGAAAAACUUACGAAUAUGGCAACUACAUUCCUGGAAAUGGCACUUUUCGACUUUGAAGAGAUGGGUUAUAUGUUUCAAUUCUUGCCUAAGUUUGUUUUUGUGGGUUUAAAUGAAAAUUAGUAUUGCUGGCUACAUGUACAGUACAAUGGUCCGGUGUUCUGUUUUUCUCGGUGUGGCAUUUGUUUUUCAUGUUAUGCAUUUUUUUGCGUCAAUUGAUCAUUGUAAUAAUAAUAAUAAUAAUAAUAAUAAUAGUGCUGGCAAUCCCUUUUAUUGUUCUUCCCCUAGUUAUUAAACAUCAUCUGUGUAUUUUUUGGAUAGGAAGAUCGUUUUUUGGGAAAAUGAAGAAAUAGUAUUAUGGCGUACGUACAUUGUGCUACCACACACCAAAUUAAGAAAAUGGCAAACUUGGUACUGUAUCGCCAUUUUUUUAUGCAAUAUUGAUGUUAAAGGUUCAUACAUUUCAUUUUGAUCACAUUUAAUAUAUCAUAUUGCAUGUAUUAUAUACACUGGUAUUGCUGUCUCCACUUGUUAUAAAAAUUAAUUAAGUCAUUAAAGUAUAAUAUGCAAAUUUUAAUUUACAGUAUUAACAUUGUACAAUAUAGACUUAAAAAACAGAGAACAAUAUUAUUAUACAGUAGUACAUAUAGUAUUAUAUAUUGCAUAAAGUAUUGCUAUACCUUCAUUUUUAGCACACUCUCUGAGAGAGAGGGCUUAUAUGAUGAUUCUGAGGAAGACGAACUAGGCCUAGGUUGGCUGGGUAGUACGUGUGUGUAAUAGAUCAGAUAACAGGAAAUGUAGGCAAUAGCCUGGUUCA